AUGCCGGGGCGUCUGGUUCCAGGACAGGGCUCUGAGCCCCCUCUCAUCGAAGGCGGCACCUGGGCUUUCCGGCCAGUUUCCAGGAGCUGCGAAGGAGAGAGCAGCCGCCGAGGGAGCGACUUCCUCCCCUGCCUUCAGGCAGAUGGGCUGACGGUCCCAAAGGCCAGCCCUGGCCGGAAGAGGCAGAAGAGGGACUGGGUCAUCCCUCCAAUCAACUGCCCUGAGAAUGAGAGGGGGCCCUUCCCCAAGCUGCUGGCUCAGAUCAAAUCCAACAUCCCCACCAACGUUUUCUACAGCAUCACGGGGCAGGGCGCAGACGAGCCCCCUGAGGGUGUCUUCAUCAUUGAAAGGGAGACGGGGCGGCUAAAGGUGACGAAGCCGCUGGACAGAGAAGACAUCAGCAACUACACGCUCUUUUCCCACGCUGUGUCUGCAAAUGGGAAGCCUGUGGAGGACCCCAUGGAGAUCAUCAUCACUGUGAGUGACCAGAACGAUAACAAACCUCAGUUCACCCAGAGUGUCUUCACAGGCUUCAUAGAAGAAGGAGCCAAGCCAGGUUCAUCCGUGAUGCAAGUGACAGCCACAGAUGCAGACGACAGUGUAAACUCCUACAAUGGGGUCAUUGCUUACUCCAUCCUGCAGCAGAUACCUGAAAAACCCCACGACCAGAUGUUCACCAUCGACUUUGAUAAUGGCAUCAUCAGUGUGAUUGCAGCUGGGCUGGACAGAGAGAUGACCCCCAAUUACACGCUGAUCGUCCAGGCUGCCGACUUAAAAGGCGAAGGAUAUACUACCACAGCCACAGCAAUGAUUGAAGUCACAGACACCAAUGAUAAUGCUCCAGUGUUCGACCCACUCACGUACCAAGCCACGGUGCCCGAGAACAAAGUGGGGCUGGUUGCCAGGCUGAGUGUGUCGGACAGGGACAAGCAGGGCUCUCCGGCCUGGCGGGCGAAGUACGAGAUUGUGAGAGGGAACGAAGGGUGCUUUUUCACCAUAACCACGGAUCCCAACAACAACAACGGGCUCCUGGAGACUUCCCAGGGCCUGGAUUUUGAGGUGCAAAGCCAGUUCAUCCUCAACGUUGUCGCAGUGAACGACAUUCCCUUCUCCGUGUCUCUCCCAACUUCCACAGCCACCGUUACUGUGAACGUUGAGGAUGUGAACGAAGCCCCAGUCUUUGAUCCACCUAUCAAAAGCCUGAGCCCAGCAGGAGAGGUUGCACUGGGAACUGGGCACAGAACACUCCUUGGGGACCCUGGUCCCGCUUGUUGUGGGAAUGGCUGACGGGCGAGGGAGGAGCUACAGUUACACUUGGGAGCAGUUACACUUAGGAGGGGAGCCCGUGGAGCACCCCAGACAGGGCUGUAGUAAAGUGGGAUGCCCCGAUUCCCAGGGAGCUCUGUGCCACAGUGCCCCAGACCAGAGUGUGAGCAGGAUGCCUGUUGGCAGUGCAGGCUGUCCGUGGCAUGGGAUCCUGCC